UUCACUUUUCCACAAAUGCUGUAGCGAGACGGUCGUGGUUUUGCGUGGUUACGAUUAAUUAUCGCGAAGUUUUUUUGCUCAUCGUUCUGCGGGAGCCGUUCUUUGCGCAAGUUCCAAGCAUAAAAAAGAAUUUUAUCACGAUGAAAAUCUGGACCUCAGAGCAUGUAUUCAACCAUCCAUGGGAAACCGUGGCACAGGCUGCCUGGCGCAAGUACCCAAACCCAAUCAACACAGCAGUGAUCGGCACAGACGUCGUCGAACGGCGGGUCGUGGACGGUGUCCUGCACACGCAUCGACUCGUCAGCUCGAAGUGGUACUUCCCGCAGUGGGCUCAGAAGCUAAUUGGAUCUCCCAAUGUGUGCUAUGCCAGUGAAAAGUCCACUGUGGAUCCGACCAAGCGGCAGAUGACCCUCAAGACGAUCAACCUCACCUUUGUCAGUUUUCUGUCGGUGUACGAAACACUCAGCUACGUACCGCAUCCAACAGAUCCGGGUAAGACGCUGCUCCGACAGGAAGCCACCGUGCAGGUCGAGGGUGUCCCACUGAACCGGUACAUGGAAGAUGUACUGACGAAAAACAUCAGUACCAAUGCCGGUAAAGGUCGUCAGGGUCUCGAGUGGGUGAUAGGAAAACUAAACUCGGAGGUAAAAGAGCUUGCCUCAUCGGCAGCUAACAGCACAAACGAGAUCCUCACCCAGACAAAGAAAUCGCUGGACGACAUUACCGACCAGGCGCGAAAGAGUAUGGAUGAACUCAGUGCAACGGCGCAGAAAAUUCAUAUAUAGUAACAAACGUUGCGCGGCUUCGUCCAACACUGCUACCGCUGAUAAUGCAACCGCUUCUUCGCCCCUGCCCAAAUUUCCAUCAGCAACGGCCGAGGCUACGAAAUCGACCGGUUCUGCAAAAGGCAAUCCCGAUAGCGGAGAAGCCACAUCCUCCAGUACGGCUGCUUUUCGAUCGGAAGAUACUACCGAUAGUAUCAACAAUACCAACAACAGUACACGAUCCAGGACUAAACAAUUCUAUUCUGCAACAUCUGCCGACAACAAUACAAGAAAAGCAACAUCCACAUCAUCUUCAUCUUCAUCAUCAUCAUCAUCAUCUAGAGCCAGUACAAUCCCGCCAACAACCGCUUCAUCGUCGUGAUUGUGGGCGAAAUUGACUGAUCAGUGCGACAGAGAUGCAGUAUAGCAGCAUUUCCUUUCACGAUCGUUCAAUUUUGUUUGUUCAUUUUCGUGACUGUCUCAUUAUCUCUCUCCUCCCCUAUGCGUCUUUGUUCCAGCGGUUUCACCAAAAAUCAAGCAAGCGAAACUGUGUUCUUAUUUAUUUCACUACAACUACUAUUAGUAAAUUCUAUUGUACAAACGUUUAAAACUUGUAUUGCGUGUAACAAUAACAGAGCAGGAGUAUCUCUCUUUCUAACCCACCCUCUCCCCGAAUUAGGAUCGAGUUGCGCUCAGUGUGUCUUGUAUUUACUAUAUACAUAUAAUAGUGUAAUCGUGACACGUUGACCCAAUGCACAACUCAUGUGAUUAAGACAAACUAAAGCCUAAUUAUAGAUUUUCUAAAUUGUGAAGGAGACAUUGUUCAGUUGACCAGUAGGAAUUCUAAUAAAAUCUGUGUAAGUUCAACGCCGACAAGAGAUGAUAACCAAAUUAGCGUUAGUGUUUAUUUAAUCAUGAUGAUAACGAUAACCCGUCGCGCUAAGGUGUAAAUAACGUGCUUGUGCAGGGCAUCGAUCGAACUAAGUUGACGUAACUAUUUAGUAUAUUAAACGAGAAGCUGUUAGUAUAAGUAGAGCAAAGUUUUUCCAAUUAAUUCAUUCUUUUAAUCAGUCGAAAGCUUAGUCCUCCUACGAUUUUAUCCGUUUCCAUCCUGGUUAUCGUGCGGGGGGAGAGUUGAAAACCGCACAAGAAUGGCAUACCCUUCUAUUAGAACAUAUUAGUAUUACACAUUCCCGUGGAAAAAAAUGCAGGAACACGACUUUUUCGGUACAUUGAUAAUUGGUUUCAUUUCGGUUCGGUGCGAAUGUUUUGUAUGCAAUUUAAUCGGAUGUUUUGAUAUUAAAACGACGAAUGAAUGCGUAAAAUGACUUCGAAACAGCAGGAAUUUGCAAGAACAAAAAACCGACAUCACAUUUAAUGGCUUGUUAAUAGAUACACAUAAAAUCGAUAUAAACAUAUUUUCAGUCGAUAAACAUUUGAAUUGUUGUGAUGUUUCAGAAGAAGAGAGUUUAACUAAAAUGCAAGCGUGAUAGCUAAGAUAUCAAA